AGCAAUUAGUCGUGUACGGUACGCGCUUAAGUGAGUAUUAAAAUCUCGAAACAGAAGUUGGUCGUUUGAUCGGACGGCAGGCGCUGUAUUGAGUGUGUUUCUUGGUUUUUGGUUUUUGUAACUGUCGUUAGUUGAUUUUUUUUUUACGGUGUACCCCAACACAUUGGACAAGGCAUUUGACGGUGGCGAUAAAAAUUAAAUUAAAUUGAAAAUCAAAAAAACUAAUAUUUAUUUUGUGUAAAAAUUGAAAGAUAUAAAAAAGUGAGUGAGACAUACAUAUUUUAGAAAUAUUCUUCAAAAUAGAAGAAAAAUACAUAGUGGGAAACUGCAUAACUUCUUGUACAUAUCGUAGACGACGUUGAAAUAAGAUCUUCAUUGGAGGGGGCUUAUAAUUGAGGCAUCCCGAUUAUAUUUAUAUCCUAAGGUGUUAACCUCAAAAUCGACAAACUUAAAAUAGCAACAAUUCUGCUGACUGACUUUUGUAAUUAAAAUCGAAAGCUAUUCGACGCUGAAUAACAUGUCCACCAACUCUUGUGAUUGUUUGGUGGGGGUGCCGACCGGACCGACAUUGGCGGCAACAUGCGGUGGCAGUGCUUUUAUGUUGUUUAUGGGUCUGUUGGAGGUGUUUGUGCGGUCGCAGUGUGAUCUUGAGGAUCCUUGUGGUCGGGCUAGUUCAAGGUUUCGUUCCGAACCCGAUUAUGAAUAUGAUUUUGUUGUGAUUGGUGGCGGCUCAGCCGGCUCUGUGGUUGCCUCACGUCUAUCCGAAGUGGCCCAAUGGAAGGUGCUGUUAAUUGAAGCCGGUGGCGAUGAACCAGUGGGAGCACAAAUACCUUCAAUGUUUUUGAAUUUCAUGGGCAGUGACAUUGAUUGGGGCUAUAAUACUGAACCGGAAACCUCAGCAUGUCUGUCGUCGGAAGGACAACGUUGUUACUGGCCACGUGGUAAAGUCCUGGGUGGUACAUCUGUCAUCAAUGGUAUGAUGUACAUUCGAGGUAAUCGGGAAGAUUAUGACGACUGGGCGGCCUUGGGUAAUCCGGGUUGGAGCUACGAUGAGGUUUUGCCAUUUUUCAAGAAAUCUGAAAAUAAUUUGGAAGUUGAUGAGGUUGGUGCUGAUUUGCACGGUACCGGUGGUCCAAUGCCGGUGGGUAAAUUCCCCUACAAUCCACCGCUAUCAUAUGCCAUUUUAAAGGCUGGUGAAGAGUUGGGUUUCUCCGUCCACGAUUUGAAUGGUUACAAUUCCACCGGUUUCAUGAUUGCCCAAAUGACAUCACGCAACGGCAUACGUUACAGUUCGGCACGUUCCUUUAUUCGUCCGGCUCGUAUGCGCACAAACUUCCACAUUCUAUUGAAUACCACAGCCACCAAAGUUUUGAUCCAUCCUGGCACCAAAACUGUAUUGGGCGUUGAGGUUAGCGAUCAAUUUGGUAGCAUGCGUAAAAUUUUGGUGAAAAAGGAGGUGGUCGUCAGUGGUGGUGCUGUCAAUUCACCACAAAUUCUCCUGUUGAGUGGAGUUGGACCUAAGGAAGAUUUGAAAAAGGUUGGCGUUCGCCCGAUACAUGAUCUACCCGGUGUUGGUAAAAACUUACACAACCAUGUGGCCUAUUUCACGAAUUUCUUCAUUGAUGACGCCGAUACUGCACCACUGAAUUGGGCUACAGCUAUGGAAUAUUUACUUUUCCGUGAUGGCCUCAUGUCGGGUACUGGAGUUUCCGAUGUGACAGCAAAAAUGGCCACACGUUUUGCCGAUAGACCCGGUGUACCAGAUUUACAAUACUAUUUUGGUGGUUAUUUGGCAAGUUGUGCACGUACCGGACAAGUUGGUGAAUUACUUUCGAAUAACUCGAGAAGCAUACAAAUUUUCCCAGCUGUAUUAAAUCCAAAAUCUAGAGGUUACAUUACACUGGCCUCAAAUGAUCCCCUGGCACCGCCACGCAUCUUUGCAAAUUAUUUGACCGAUGAACGUGAUGUCAAGGUCUUGGUGGAAGGCAUUAAAUUUGCCAUUAAAUUGUCACAAACUACCCCAUUGAAACAGUAUGGCAUGCGUUUGGAUCGCACCGUUGCCAAGGGUUGUGAAUCCGAAACCUUUGGAUCGGAUGCAUAUUGGGAAUGUGCCGUCCGGCAAAAUACUGGCCCAGAAAAUCAUCAAGCUGGUUCUUGUAAAAUGGGUCCAGCCAGCGAUCCCAUGGCGGUGGUCGAUCAUGAGUUAAGAGUACAUGGUAUACGCGGUCUCAGAGUUAUUGAUACAAGUAUUAUGCCCAAGGUUACUGCCGGCAAUACACAUGCACCGGCUGUAAUGAUUGCUGAAAAGGGUGCAUACAUGAUUAAGCGUGCAUGGGGUGCCAAAGUUUGACGAUUGGAUGCAACAUGGACGCUGCAUAGAGUAGUUUAAAAAAAAAAUACAAACAAAGUGAAAAAAAAAAAAUAAAAAAAAUUACAAAAUUAUUGCAAAAAAUAUAAAAUAAUGUAAUUAUGUUUAGGCUUUAUUUUUGAUGUCUUAUUUUUUAUUGAGAACAAAAAUUGAUUGUGAAUCUUCUUUAGUUAAAUCCCCCACAAAAAAUUUGCAUUGGAAAAUAAUUUUCAUUUUUAUAUUUCGUCACUAAUCGUAACUUCUCUCUGCUUUGCUGUUCACUGUUGCGCCUCUAUCCUAGCAUUUUUGUUUUUUGUGUGUAGAAUAACCAAAUUAUUAAAAAUACCAAACAAUUUGUCUCUCUGGUAGAAUGUCACAAACAGCUGGCUUACCAACUGUCAUCGAUAUCAGGUUAUACCUAAAUAGUCAAAGCGCGACGUAAACGUAACGUGCGAUUUUGAUUAUUUAGAUCUUGUUAGUAGUUUUGAAUUCUUUUAGAUUGCCAACAUUUUUCUUUGUUUCGAACCUUUUCUUUCUGGAUAUGGAAAUUUAAUCUUUUUUCAAAAAUCUCCACCUUUAGUAUUAUAAUUUAAUGUCAAUGCUAACCAACCUAAUUCUAAUCUAGAAAAAUUCACAAAAAUUUAUGUUCCGUUCUAUAUCGUUAAAUAUAGUAGCAAAAAAAACACUACAAUUCCAGCCGUACAACUACUAACUGUAAUAUUUGUAUUCAGAAAAAUAAUAAUAAAAAAACAAUUACAUAUAUAACGUAAUAUUGUUACUAUUAUAUCAAUUAUAUAGUAUUUAUGUAUAUUUAUCAGUACAAUAAACAAAUAAAUAAAAAACUGUUUAAAAAACUAA